AUGGAUGAUAAUCUUAAUAUGGCAGUAAUGGUUAGAAAAAAUACGAAAUUUGAAGAAAGAGCAAUCAAGAAGGGAAAUCUGUUCUCAGUGUGGAAUUAUGAUAGAUGCAUUGUGCAUGAAGACAUAAUUAAAGCAACUGAUAACUUUGACAUUAGACACUGCAAAGGGACCGGUGGUUAUGACAGUGUUUACAAGGCACAACUGCCGAGUGGUGAAGUUGUUGCAUUAAAGAAACUUCAUAAGCUGGAAGCCGAGGAACCAGCUUUCGAUAGGAGUUUUAAGAAUGAGGUGCAAAUGUUAACAGAAAUAAGGCAUCGGAACAUAGUCAAGCUUUACGGAUUCUAUUUGCACAACCGUUGCAUGUUCCUAAUUUACGAGUACAUGGAAAGAGGCAGCUUAUUUUGUGCCCUAAGAUAUAAUGAUGAAGUAGUGGAAUUGAAUUGGAGCAGGAGGGUGAACGUUAUUAAAGGCAUUGCACAUGCUUUGUCUUACAUGCAUCAUGAUUGCAAUCCACCAAUUGUUCACUGCGACAUAUCAAGCAGCAACAUCUUGUUGGACUCGGAAUUGGAGGCAUUUGUCUCUGAUUUUGGCACUGAUAGACGGCUAUAUCCGAAUUCAUCAAACCAAACUGUACUUGCAAGCACAUUUGGAUAUAUCGUCCCAGGUGAACUAUUCUUUAUAUGCAAUUCUUGGACUAUUUUUUUUUUUCGUUAUCUUUCCAAAAACUACAAGUCCAUGAACAAUAUUCUAGCAGUUGAUUAA